AUGAAAUCUGUUCCAUACGUAUGUUAUGGUAAUUGUUUGUACAUUGAGUCAAAAAUAGCUAAUGUCACAGGUAUUUCAGGAGUUAAUAGUAAAGGUUCAGUAGAAUAUAAGUCUUUCUGUUAUGCAGUCAAUUCAAUGUUCAUUCCAAACGUUCCUGUCAUAGCAACUCAUUUAGGUAAAUGGGUUCGCAUUAGUCCUCAUAAUUUGAAAGACAUGCAAUUCAGACUUGUUGACUUUCAAGGAGAGCCUGUAGAACUGAAGGCACCAGUGCGAAUGACUGUUGAAGUUGACUUUUUAGAAAAUAUUAAAUGCAACAGCUUACAAGAGAACUCAGAGCUAAAAAUAUAA